CCGCAGCGCCUGGUUGCCUUGACAAAGGAGUACUGCGACUUCCAGGGAGGAAAAGAACCAUGCAUGCAAAAGCGGGCCGCCGACCACGCGGCCCUCUCAGUCCCCCACUCACUCGGGAAUGUCAAAAUAAAUGCCUUUUAGCUCGAGGACUGCCUUGAGCGACUUCGUUAAACCUGCAUGAGGUCACAAGUGAGGCGAGUCCCAAGUGAAGGAAGCGGGCCAGCGCUGAGGCCAAGCAGAGGUUAAGUUGUGUUCUUCAUGUUCGUGUCACAGAGGAUUUUAUAACAGUCUUCAGUCUCAUCCGAGACUGCUGCCCAUUGACUGCUGCCCAAUGGCUGCUGCCCAUUGUCUCAGCAGCUCGGAAUUGCUCCAGAGACAGUUCCUCACCUGUUUCCUUGCAAACCCACACUAUGGCAGCCUCAUUAACGCAGACGGCCACGCUGAAGUGUGGACAGAUUGGAAUGAUAUGUCCAAGUUUUUCCAGUAUGGAUGGCGAUGCACCACUAAUGAGGAUGCCUAUUCAAACCGUACCCUUAUGGGCAACUGGAACCAGGAAAGAUACGACCUAAGGAACAUUGUUCGGCCCAAACCCUUGCCUUCCCAGUUUGGACACAACUUUGAAACAACAUAUGGUACAAGCUUCAACAACAAAAUGCCACUUUCAACCCAUAGAUAUAAACGAGAGCCUCACUGGUUUCCAGGACAUCAACCCGAGCUGGAUCCUCCUCGAUACAAAUGCACAGAAAAGUCAACUUACAUGAGUAGCUAUUCAAAACCUCAAGUUGGGCAUCACUGUGUGUGUGUGUGUAAUCAAAAUAACUGCCAAUUUCAGGGUCCAGGAAUCUAAGAAAGAAUAAGAAGCCUUCAUUUUUUCAGAGUAGAAUGUUGGAGGGAUCAAAUUCUAAGCACAACCAAGAAUUUAGCAGACUGUAGCACAGUUUCACUCUCUGAAUAAAUAAAGCA